AUGGAUCGGGAGAAAGGAAAAAAUGCAGUAAUAAAUUUGAAUGAAGAGGACGAGAAUUGUGAGUCAUUUAGCUCAAGUGAAGAAGAAUUCAUUUCCUCGGAAAAAAUAGAAAAAAAUUAUCCUGUUGAUGAUAUGGAUGAAGAAGUGAUGAAUAUGGUAUUUGACAGUGAGGAAGAUGCAUAUGAGUUCUACAAUUUGUAUGGCAAGCUCACUGGUUUUGGCAUUAAGAAGGCAGAUGUUAAAAUUAGUCAAGAUGGAACUGUACGGUAUAGAAAAUUCGCAUGUUCUAGGGAAGGAAAAAGGCACGAGAGAUAUUACAAUCUAGCACAGAGGAUUAGGCAGCCCAGGCCAGAGACAAGGACAGGAUGUCUUGCAUGUCUACGCAUCAAACAUGACAAAGCAUCUGAAAAAUAUGUGGUGACGAAUUUCGUGAAAGAACACAAUCACAAAAUGGCUUCCAAAUCAAGCAUUCCAUAUCUAUGGUCUCAUCGACACGUAACAGAUGCCGAUUAUGCUCAAGUACGAACAAUGAAAAUGGCAGGGGUGAAAACAAGUCAGGUUAUGAAAUUUUUUGCAAUGCAGUGUGGUGGAUAUGGUAAUGUUGGAUUUGUGCUAAAAGACCUAUAUAACCGUGUCGAUGAAGAAAGGAGAGUCUUGAUUGAGGCUGGGGAUGCAAAAAAUGCAAUUGCAUAUUUCAAUGGAGGAAGGCCAGUGACAAAUCAUUCAUCUUUGAAUAUGAUGUGGACGAAGAAUCAAGCCUUGGUAUCGGGCGAGAGUGUUGAAGAAUAUGAGUGGCUCCUUCACACAUUAACCAAAGCUAUGGGAGGACGAAAGCCAAAGGCUGUGAUAACAGAUGGGGACAAAGCAAUGAGGAGGGCAAUAAAUAAUGUGUUCCCAGAUGCUCGACAUAGAUUAUGCAUUGGCAUUUGA